AUGAGCUACGGCAAGAAGGAUGAGGAUGCCGACCUGGGUCUGGUCAAGGUAGAUCGCACUCAAGUCUUCCAAGAAGCCCGACUUUUCAACAGCUCCCCCAUUCAACCACGAAGAUGCCGAAUACUUCUUACCAAGAUUGCUCUUCUCCUCUACACUGGGGAGAAGUUCCCGACCAAUGAAGCCACCACCCUUUUCUUUGGUAUCUCGAAGCUGUUCCAGAACAGGGAUGCGAGCCUCCGACAGAUGGUACAUCUUGUAAUUAAGGAGUUGGCCAAUUCAGCCGAGGAUAUUAUUAUGGUCACCAGCACGAUUAUGAAGGACACUGGAGGAAGCACCGACGUUAUUUACCGACCCAAUGCGAUCCGAGCCCUCUGCCGCAUCAUCGACGCCACCACCGUCCAGUCGAUUGAACGAGUGAUGAAGACAGCCAUUGUCGACAAGAACCCUUCCGUCUCUUCUGCCGCCCUUGUAUCGUCAUACCACCUCCUUCCCAUCGCCCGAGAUGUUGUCCGUCGAUGGCAGAGCGAAACUCAGGAGGCCGCAGCAUCCUCCAAGUCCUCCAGCGGCUUCUCGCUUGGCUUCUCCUCCUCGAAUGGACAGCUGCCCUUAAACAACUCCACAAUGACACAAUAUCAUGCGAUUGGCCUGUUGUACCAGAUGCGCAUGCAUGAUCGCAUGGCAUUGGUCAAGAUGGUGCAGCAGUUUGGUGCUGCUGGCGCUGUCAAGAGCCCUGCCGCUCUUGUGAUGCUGGUCCGCCUAGCAGCUCAGCUUGCCGAGGAAGAUGCUUCUCUCAGGAAGCCUAUGAUGCAAUUAUUGGAUGGAUGGUUAAGACAUAAGAGUGAAAUGGUCAACUUCGAGGCCGCCAAGGCCAUUUGCGACAUGCGAGAUGUUACCGAUGCCGAAGUCAACCAGGCUGUGCACGUUCUUCAGCUCUUCCUGACCUCCCCACGAGCAGUCACCAAGUUUGCCGCCCUUCGCAUUCUGCACAACUUCGCCUCAUUCAAGCCCAACGCUGUCAAUGUUUGCAACCCCGAUAUCGAGCUUCUCAUCUCCAAUAGCAACCGAUCCAUCGCUACUUUCGCCAUUACUACGCUGUUGAAGACUGGUAACGAAGCCAGUGUCGACCGGUUGAUGAAGCAAGUCUCUGGGUUUAUGUCUGAGAUCACUGAUGAGUUCAAGAUCACUAUUGUUGAGGCCAUCCGAACGCUCUGCCUCAAGUUCCCCAGCAAACAGGCCGGUAUGUUGACCUUCCUCAGUGGUAUCCUGCGUGACGAGGGUGGCUAUGACUUCAAGAGGGCCGUGGUGGAGAGCAUGUUCGAUUUGAUCAAAUUCGUCCCCGACUCAAAGGAGGACGCUCUGGCACAUCUCUGCGAAUUCAUUGAGGACUGCGAAUUCACCAAACUUGCCGUGCGUAUUCUGCACCUGAUUGGUUUGGAAGGCCCCAAGACCGCACAGCCCACCAAGUACAUUCGUUACAUCUACAACCGAGUGGUCCUCGAGAACGCCAUCGUUCGCGCUGCUGCCGUCACUGCUCUCGCCAAAUUCGGUGUCGGCCAGAAGGACCCAGAUGUCAAGAGCAGUGUUAAGGUGCUCCUCACCCGUUGCCUGGACGAUGUGGACGAUGAAGUCCGAGACCGUGCAGCACUCAACUUGAAGUUGAUGGCCGAGGAAGAUGACGAGAUGGCCCGCAACUUUGUCAAGAAUGAAAAUAUGUUUUCUCUUCCCACGUUUGAACACCAACUGGUUCUGUAUGUCACAUCAGAUGACAAGUCCGCAUUUGAAAUUCCUUUCGACAUCUCCAAGAUUCCUGUUGUCACCAGGGAGCAGGCCGAUGCCGAGGACAGAACGAAGAAGCUUACCGCCACAGCUCCUACGCUUAAGGCCCCCAAGGUUGGCCCUACAAAGUCCGCCAGUGUGGCGGAAGCCGCAGCGUCCGCUUCGGCUCAGGCUCAACGCUAUGCUCAGGAGCUGGCAGCGAUCCCCGAAAUCCAGGAGUUUGGUGCCGCUCCUCUCAAAUCAUCACCUGUUGUUGAACUUACCGAGGCAGAGACUGAGUAUGUUGUCAGCGUUGUCAAGCACAUUUACAAGGAGCAUAUUGUUCUGCAAUACGAAGUCAAGAACACUCUACCAGAGACAGUUCUAGAGAAUGUCUCGGUUGUCGCCACACCUUCGGAAGAAGACGAGCUUGAAGAAAUUUUCAUUCUUCAGGCCGAGAGGCUCGCUACUGAUGAGCCCGGCAAGGUUUAUGUUGCCUUCAGAAAGGUCAACGGAGACGGCUCUCUCCCCGUCAGCACUUUCUCCAACAUCCUCAAGUUCACCAGCAAGGAAAUCGACCCGUCCACAAACGAGCCCGAGGAGCAAGGUUACGAUGAUGAGUACGAAGUCUCUGAGUUUGAUCUCACUGGAAGCGACUACGUCAUCCCUACCUUUGGAAGCAACUUCAACCACCUCUGGGAGCAGGUUGGUGCUGCAGGAGAAGAGGCCGACGAAACUCUGCUCCUCAGCAGCAUGAAGAGCAUUGCCGAAGCAACAGAGCAGCUCGCAAAGACGCUCUCUUUACAACCCGUCGACGGAACGGAUGUCCCCGUAAACCAGACUACCCAUACCCUCAAACUGCUCGGAAAGACGGUCGGGGGCGGGCGUGUGGUGGCCAGCAUACGGAUGGCAUACUCAUCAAAAUCUGGCGUUACGACAAAGAUUACAGUAAGGAGCGAAGAAGAGGGUGUUGCGGCGUUGGUGAUUGCAGCUGUAGCGUGA